CGACCAGAAACCCUGCUGUGCCCGAAACUCCAUGGCAAUUGGCUGAAGAAGGCCCUCGGUGUCCACACUUGCCCACCGUCUGCACAGUUUAUUGGCCGGGAAACUGCCCUUUGUGUAAUCUGCAGCUUGUCGUUCUUGUCUACAGAGUACUGUCUGCAUGGCAGCGUGGCAGUGUGGCUGGAUUCGGCCAGUUAAAAGGGGUAAGCUGUAAUAGUUUCAGGCAAUGAUGACUUGUCCAACACUCAUACCCCUCCCGAACAUCCCACUUCAGCCUCACGCACGACACGCAGCACAACACAACACACACACUACGGCAAAGACGCAUCCAUUAGCACAUCAUCAAUCAUGAGCAGCACCGGUUUCACUGCUGUUCAAAGAAAAACCAUCGAGCAUGGAGAGAUGGCAGAGAUGCCGGGCAAAAAUCCAGCCAAAAUGCCUAAGCGCAGCCAAUCCGAGCCUCCCGCCGGGCGCAAGCCUGACGACCGGGACAGGGACAGGGACAGGGACGAAGCUGAUCGUCAAGACCGGUUCCAACUGAGCGCCCACAUCUUCGUGGUCGUCUCCGUCACCUUCUCGCCCCUCAUCGGCUUCUGCUGGCGACUGAUCCUAAUCAGCCUCUACUUCACCUAUCAUUACUCCAGCUUCGUCUUUCACUUCCUCCGUGAUCCCCCGCGGCGCUGGUCUCAUGUGCCGCAAUUCGUAGCGAAGACGGUGGUUCAUGGUGUUGUCUUGGUGGUUCUGACGUCGUGGUGCAUAUCAAUCACGCCGAUCCAUGUGAUUGCGCCGACCAUGAUGGACCUCUGGACUCCGUAUACCGUGCACCCAGCCUUCAGGAACACGGAGGUCAUGUAUGAUGCUGGAAGUAGCGCGGUGGUCGACAUUUUCGCCAUCCACGGUCUUGGCUCAAAUCCCGAUAGCGCCUGGGCCCACAGGACGGGCAACGAGACCAGGGUCCACUGGCUGAGAGACCUGCUGCCGGCGGCCGAGGGUCUCCAGGACAUCAGAGUCGUGCUGGUCAACCACCAGACACGGUGGGAUUCAAAUACUGCUAAUCUGGGACUGCAGCAUCAUGCAUCCGAGCUUCUAGAGCACAUUAAAGAUCUGCACACGGCUAAUCCUGAGCGGCCCAUAGUCUUCAUCGCACACAGCUUUGGUGGAAUACUGCUGAAGAAGGCUCUACUUCUUGCAAAAGCCCGGUCAAGGGACGUGGCGGCAAUGACUAAAGGGAUCAUCUUCCUCGGCGUGCCGCAUCGGGGUACCAAUGCUGCGUUUGUCGCAUCAUGCUUGUCCUGCAUGGCCUUCUUCCGCGGCUCGUCGUCAGACCUGCUGGAGCUCAUGUCCGUAGACGGCCCGGAGCUCCUGGACCUCGAGUCUGAGUUCUAUGACGCGUACGUGAUCCAGUACCACUCCCAGGAUAUCCAGCCGUACAUUUGCGACAUUCUCGAAAAGAGGCCGGAAAAAAUCGGGAAGCUUGUCUUGGGCUCGAUAGUCAGACCAAAGCACGGCCAGCUCCGCCACGGCAGGCUCCUUGAUCUCGACACGGACCACCGAGGCCUGAACAAGUUCCAGUCCCACGAUGAUCCCAACUUCCAGACAUUCCUGAAAGUUCUCUGGCAGGCAUACGAGCACGCAUUGCAAAACAGCCUCCCGCCAGAGGAGAAAUUCCCCCCUCCCCUAGUCCCCAUCGCCGAGCCCGAGCCCGAGCCCAAGAAGAAGAACACCACGGCCCACGACCUGCUGGUCAUGGCCGUGCUCGGCAUGCCUUGGGCGAAGAUGAGCAUGUUAACUGCCGCCGGCCUCUACGGCCUGGAGGAUCUGACCGCCGCGUGGCUGGCCCGCGACCGCGGCCGGUCGGGGAGCUACUUCACCCCGCGCGUUCCGAAGAUGGUGGCAUACGGCGCCCUCGUCCACGUGCCGCUCGGCAAUCUCCUGAAGUGGCUGCUGCACGCGGCCUUCAGGGGCCGCACGAGCCUGCUCUCCCAGGGCCUGCAGAUCCUGAUUAUCAACCUGCUGGUGCGUUAUCUACCUACCGUACCUACCUACCGGCACCACCCCCAUCCGCCACUUCCCCUGAUAUAUUUUGAUAUUCACGCACGUUAA